GGCUACCAGGAGCCUGACUGGGAAAAGGAAAUUGUUCUGUUUCUCUGAAAUCCUACAUAAAUGAGCCUGAUGAUGAUGAAGACCGAGACGUUUCUGGGACUUCUGAUUUUCCUCCUGACGUCACUGACAGGUGUGUGUCCUCGGAGACCCAGAGAGAUACGUGUCAAGGCAGGCGAGAUGGUGGCGCUGUACUGCCCUCGUGACAGAGGGUAUAAUCCUGGUGAUGCCAAAGUGAUGUGGACCAGUUACACCACCCAGGAGAUGGAUCUGACCAACAUGUCACCAGCUGAGCAGAGGCAGAUGGGCGUGCUGGUUCAUGGGAGGAGCCUUGUGAUUUUCAGUGCUUCUGUCAACCAUCGGGGGAAUUACUCAUGCUCUCUGGGGAAUGCCAGCCACCAGUUCUGGUUCAGGCUGAUGGUGUGCUCAACACAGACAGAGAAUAAAGAGCGGACCCAGUACCCUCAAACAUGUUACACACAAGAGGCCUGCAUGUUGCAUUGCCCUGAAGUAAACAUACCUGCUGUAAGCAUCCCGAAUAUUACCAGCAACGGCAUUAUAUGGCACAAGGAGGGCGAGUCACUGCAAAAAGACGGUUACUUCUCAAGUGUGGAAAAGAAUGACAGUGGCAACUACACCUGUACCAGAUCUUACCUGUAUCAUGAUCAAAUAUAUAACAUGACCUUUACAGUGCCGCUUAUACUGAAACCAAAGGAAGAACCCCAACAAAAGGCAGAGAUCACUUCACCACACAACAAUGAUACAAUUUAUGUAGAUUUGGGCUCACCAAAGGUGAUUAUUUGUAAAGCUGUUAUGUUUUCACAAUUUGACGAGGUGUUCUGGAUCAGCGGGAAAUCAGUUGUGGAAACGAACAACAGCUUUCCAGUUUUCUACAAUACCACAUGGGAAAAUAAUGCUGGAGAAAUAAAGAUGACAGCAUCUCUAGUCUUCAAAACAGUGUCAGAGGAGGAUCUAUCAAAAACGUACACCUGUAUACUGCAGUCUGUAUCUGGACCCGCAAGAUCCGUCACCAUCAACUUGGCCCAAAAACCUUCUCCUUCCUCCCUCUCCCUGACUCUCGGCAUUGUAGCCGUGGUGAUGGUGGUAAUUGUUCUAACAGUUGUUGUUUAUGCGAAGCUGAAAAUGGACAUCGCUCUUUUCCUGCGAGGCACUCUUUGUUGCUAUCACAGCAGCUCAGAUGGAAAGAGCUAUGAUGCCUUUUUGAUGUGUUACAAGAGCAACACAGAUGCAGGACUAAAUGAAGAUGAAAGAAAAUGUCUGGAGAGUGUUUUGGAAGAGAGGUUUGGUUACAAUCUCUGUCUUUAUGAUCGUGACAUCUUACCAGGGAAAGCUGUAGUGGAGGAAGUGCUGGACUGUGUAGAGCAGAGUCAGGCGGUGGUUUUGGUUCCCACAUCUCCAAAUCCCGGUCCAGGAUCUGGCCUGCUGAGUGCCAUCCACGCAGCUCUUGUGGAGCGGCAGACUCGCUUGGUUUUCAUCCAAACUGAGACAGCAGAAAUGUCGAGAUCUGGUUCAUUACCAGAGGCCUUGCAGCUCCUUGGCGAGGCUGGAGACUGUGUCAUGUGGAAGGGCAUAAGCUCCAUGUCGCCCUCCUCUUCCUUCUGGAAGCAGCUUCGUUAUUACCUACCUGCCCCGCAGCAUGAGGCAAAAACAAAGCUGUUACCUCAGACAGCUACCCAGGAUGAUAACUGUUAAAGAAACUGCCACCACAAUUUGGCGUUGUCAGCAGGAUCACUCGUGUGAGCGGGACCGCUGGAACUCUGUGCGAGGGUAAAGACCGUGCACUUCUGGAGUCCGGGACUCUAACCUCAACCUCCCCAUCAAAAGGGUGUUGAAGUGGGGGCCUGACGCCAAGGAGGACCAAGUCUCGCUCACCGCUGUGAUCCAAAGAACCAGGUGGCAAAGAAAAAAAAAACAACAACUCUGUCUUUCUGGUAAGUAAGAAUUCAUUGAUAAAAAGGCAUACAUUAAAAGAUUUCAUUCAUACAGCGUCUGUACAGGGGGAUACAGUAUCUGUACAGGGGGAUAAAGCGCUGUUGUGGGAAUGAAGAAAGUGAUUCUCCCACUUCGAGGGUGGUUGUGACAGACGUGUCAACAGGGCAGGUGUUAGACGACCGCUGUAGAAUCCAGGGCUAGCGCAAUACGGUACCAAGGAGUUCUGGGAACUCAGAGGGAUAACAUCAAUACACUGUUUUUUCUUGUAUAAGUGUAAAUACACAAGGAGUUCUGGGAACUCAGAGGGAUAACAUCAAUACACUGUUUUUUCUUGUAUAAGUGUAAAUACACAAGGAGUUCUGGGAACUCAGAGGGAUAACAUCAAUACACUGUAAUCACACAUAGUGUAAAAUAAUAAUAAUAAUAAUAAUAAUAAUAAUAAUAAUAAUAAUUAUAAUAUUGCUAUCUUUUUUCUUUUGAUCCAGUGGACUGAUCACCCACUGGAAGAAAAAGAAAAAAGAGGGGGUGAAAGAGUAACUAGAAGUAAGACCUUACUGGAGUUAAAGCAUAACCACCUGUAGGAGUUGAAGUAUAUAAAGGUACAACCACCUGUAGAAAUCUCUAAGCAAAAAUCUUGAUAAAAAAUGAUUUCCCUUCCUUAGUCCAUGACCCCUAAAUAAAAAGUACAUUGAUAUUGAAGAGAUCUUGAGAACUAUUUUUUAAAAUAGGUGCAAAUCAUAGUAAACUCAAAGGAUUGUGAUAAUCCACCUCAAUUAAUGUCGCCUAACAUCAAAUAUAUGACCACCAAAUACAGUAAACAGUAAAAGGUAUUUGACCAACUUGACGUGUGGGUUAACGAGUGUGGAUUUCUAAGCACUGGCAGUUUUAGCAUAAGACAGCUCCAAGCUUUAAAAAACAAAGUAGAAGAAGCAACCAUCAGGGACAGAAAACAAAAAAAU